GCUCUAGCUGCUGUGGUGGUCAAAUCGCUUUCUAUUGGAUUGAGAAUAGUUAGUUCUACUUUUUCAACUAGCCAAUACAGCGACAGUCUAUAAAUAUUGAGGCUGAACAAGGUUGUAAAACAUUUCUGCGUGAAUCAACCCAGUCGUUUGGAAACAUUCAACUGAAGUUUUGCUAAUGACGACAUGCCUUCACCAAACGAUCGACGUCAUCAAAAAAAGAAAACACGCUGUAAAAAUCUACGAAACAAGAUACAGAGGUCAUCAGUGGGCAACAACUCAUCUAAGGACAACAACCCUGUGAAAGAUGUCGUGCCCUACGACCCAGAGUUCGCCAGAGAACAAACCCAGCUACACGGAGGUUAUUGCUGUGUGUGCAGGAGGGUGGGGUUUGACAUGCAGAUGUGCAGCAAAUGUGCAGCCAGAUUCUGCAACCAGAAAUGUUAUCACCGCCACAACAACUUGUUGAAUCAGAAAACUAUUUGUGGUCGAACUCGCCAGUUCAAGGAAGCUAGAGCCAGAAUACCCCAGGAUCUGAAGACGUGGUUGUUUAAAAAUCAUUACCAGGAAAUUAGCACCAGAUUGUGUACCGUUCUAAGACGGGAAAUCUACGUGUUGAUGAAAGGAAGAGUAUGGACGGUGUUACUAGUGCAAGUUCUAGUUGUCAAUACAUCGGAGGUCGUGGUUCAGGAUGAAGAUGGAAACUGGACCCUCUUCAUCUUUCAUCGUCCCGAGAAGGUGGAAGAAUCGUUCUGGAAUAAUGUACUCGGUAUUUUACUCCAGCCUGGGGUGUUUAUUUUGUUGUUGAAUGGGUGCUGGAACGUCCACGGGGACAAGAACUCGGCUGCUGUUGAUAUCUUUGACAUGCAACAAAUCAAGGUCAUCCCUGGAGCCCUUUCAUGA